GGGGUAGUAUCGUUCCUGUGAGGAACAGCCGCACUGCAGGGCUAUGAGGGAAUGAAAUUCACCGGAUGGAAGUUGGUUCAGGCAUAAAGAGAGAUUUCUCCAGUUCCUUUCUGUGUUAGCUGGUCAUCUGAUCUGGAACAAUCUUGACUUUGAGGGCCUGACACAAGGAUGUUUGCAAAACUGAAGAAGAAGAUUGCUGAGGAAGCGGCUACCGCACCACGGCCAGGAGGGGCAGCCAGGAUCCCCCGAUCAUUCAGCAAGGAGUCAAUCACAUCUGUGGGAGCAGAUUCAGGGGAUGACUUUCCUUCAGAUGGAAGUAGUUCCAGAGAAGACCUCUCAUCUCAGCUAUUUCGAAGGAAUGAACAAAUACGAAAGCUGGAAGUCAAGCUCUCUGAUUAUGCUGAGCAGGUUCGAAACUUGCAGAAGAUUAAGGAGAAGCUUGAAAUUGCAUUAGAGAAGCACCAGGAUUCCUCUCUGAGGAAACUUCAGGAACAGAAUGAGGCUCACCAGACCAGCAGGGCCAAGAUGGCAGAAGGAAUGACCUUAGCACUUGAGAAGAAGGACCAGGAAUGGAGGGAGAAGCUGUCUCAUCUUGAAAAGGAGAGGAAGAUCCUUACAGCACAAUUACAAGGGAUGCGAGAGCAGAGCUUGAAUCUCUUCCAGAAGCGAGACGAUUACGAUGAGCUGGAAGGCUUUCAGCAGCAGGAACUGGCUAAAGUAAAGCACAUGCUUUUGAAGAAAGAAGAGUCCCUCACUCAAAUGGAGAGAGAACUGGAAGCCUCUAGGAAAGAACUCUCCCAUGCUCGAGAAGACCUACAGGCCUCUAACGCUUUGUCCUCCCGUCUGGCUGCCGAGUUGCAGGAGCUACGGCAGCAGUAUGCGGGCCUGGAGGCAGAGAGGGAUGUGCUCUUAGACGCAGAGGAGAGUGCAGAGAAUAAGAUUACCAACCUGGAGCAGCGGGGCCAUGAACUUCAAGUGUACAUCCAGCAGAUGUCAGUAGAUCUUCAAAAUGCUCAGGUUACUGCCUCCAGUUAUGAGAAGACAUUGGAAACAUUGCAGGCAGAACACGAAGCUCUGAAACUGGAGUAUGAACAGCACAAGCAAAAGAUGAUUGGCGAAGUGGAGGAGAAAAACCAGCUCAUGGGACACUUGCAAGGGAAACUGACCACUCUGGAGAAGCGAUUGGAGGGGAACCUCUCUGGUGACGAACAUGUACGGGAGCUGCUCCAGGAGAAAAGUGCUCUGGAACAGCAGCUAGAGAGUGCCCUGCAGCAGCUUUCAGCAGCACGGACGAGUCACGCAGAGAGCGUGAGCCUCUUGGAGACUCAGAUCCACCAACUGAAUUGCAAAGUAACAGAAGGGCAGGCGCAGCUGAGUGAGAGGGAAGAAUCCAUGCGGAGCAUCCAGGAGAGCAGUUUGCACCAGCUGAAAGGUCUGGAACAAGCCCUCCGGCUUGCCAACGAGGCAGCAGCAAAAAGUAAAGAUGAUGUCAUAGAGAGAGAGCAGCAGAUCCAAAAGCUGCAAGCAAACCUGGAUCUGGAAAUCAUCAAAUCAGAGGAAGCCGUCUCUGCUGUGAAGCAUCAGUGUGCCGAGCAGGUCAAAAGACUUGAGGAGCAGGUUGCUACCCUUGAAGCAGCGCAAGAAGCUGAAAAGGCAGGUGCCCAGCACAAGAUUAGCCAACUAGAGAAAGAAAAUGAAGAACUGAAAGACAGCCACAGAGAAUGUGAAAGCUCUUCAAGGAGGCAAGAGUCAGAAUUGGAAAGGUUAAAGGCAGAAUUAAGCAGCAGAGAAACAGUCAGUGUUGAAAUUGCUAAAGCCCUGGAAGAGACACGGAAACACAAGGAGGACUUACAGCAGCAGGUUGCAGACCUGUCCUUGUCACUGAAGGAGAAGGACUGGCUGAUUAUGGAUAAAACUGACACGCUCCUGAAAAAGGAGGAAGAGCUGAAUGGCUUAAAGCGAGGCCACGAGGAGCUUCGGCUGCAGAUGCAGCAGUCGCAGACCGACCUCGAGUUGUGCCAGCGACAGGCUGCAGAGAGGGAAGCUGUGAUGGGAGAGCAGAUGAGCACUUUGCAGGAGCAGCUACAAGAGCAACAGGAGUGCUGGCUGGCCAGCAAGAGCCAGACUGCUGGGUUGGAAUUGGCAUCCAAAGCCUUGAAAAAACAAUUGCAUCCCUCUGAGGAUGGAGAAAUGGAGCCAAAUGGGGAAGUGGCUGCUGCAGAAAUAGUCCAGCUGCAGAAGGAGAACAGAGAACUGGAGCAGCAAAUUGCAGAGAAGAACAAAAUGAUCAAACAGUUACAGCAGACGAUGGCAGAACUAAAGAAGACACUACAGAAAGAACUGAAAAUCCGACCAGACAGUGAGGUCCCAGAAGUGCCCAAUGCUGCCUUGACUGUGACAAACAACUCAGACCUGAAUGACUCCCGGGAGAUAAACUUUGAGUAUCUAAAGCACGUGGUCCUAAAAUUUAUGUCCUGCCGAGAAUCAGAGGCAUUCCACCUCAUCAGAGCUGUGUCUGUUUUGCUGAACUUCUCUCAGGAGGAAGAAAGCAUGCUCAAGGAGACCCUGGAGUACAAGAUGUCCUGGUUUGGGUCAAAACCAUCUCCCAAGGGCAGCAUCCGACCCUCCAUCUCAAGUCCCAGGACCCCAUGGUCAUGAAUGGCUCCAAAGAAUGCACUGGCUACCCGCCCCUUCGGUUGUUCUUUCUUUCUAGGAAAAGGAUACUGCACCUGUCAAUUAAGGUGUGUCUUAAUUAUGCUCACCAUAGUAUUUUGUAUAAGAACUUUGAAAAACUGUUUACAAAACUGUACUGUAAAAGGGAGUGUCCUUUGCUACAACUGACUCCCUCUCGGUGGGGUUGGAAGUGCUGAAGCGGACAGUGAAGUAGCUGGCUCUCGAGGCCUUGGGGAACCAAAGCGCCACUUUUGUGGAGGCCGUGCCUGUGAGCCUGGGAUGCAUUUUUCUUCCUGUCAUCACGAAAUGCGUAUCUUUUAAAUGAGCGUGGGGUUGCAUCACUCCUGACAGUGUAAAAUCCUCCAGCGCUGAGAGGCUCUUCUGCCUCUUCUCAGACCAAACUGUUUGCUUAUUAACACAGCUGCUGGAAAGAGCAUAUUUGAACUUCCAGCAGGAUAACACAACUUUUUGCAGAGUUGGCCACCUUUAUUUUUCUUAAAGAAAAAUAAUUCUAAAUGGUCUUUAUGACGUAACUAUUCAGUUGCCUUUUAGAUUAUAGUAGUAGAGUGUACAGAUGGGAACAUAAGGGGGCUGCUGCAGUAGAUAAGAGCUUCUGUUUCAGCUGCAAAUUUGCUUUAUGGGGGCUGGUGCACCAUUCUGGGCAUGGUGACAUAAGCUGCUUCAGACAUAUCUUUGUUCACAUGCUGUCAGCAGAAGCAACAUGAACAACUGGAGCUGCUGCUCUAAUUGUGAAUGAGUUUUUUUAAAAAGACACUACACACAGGGACGCCUUCGAUAUGGUGCAUUUGAGAGCAGAAACUUAGUUCAAUUUUCUUUCUUUGGUAACUUAAAAACCAACAUCGAGCUUGGAAGCUACAGUUUAACUGAAGUAUACAAACAAGAUACUAUUAUGUGCUAUACAGAAGGCUGACCAUGUGAAACAGCACCUUGCAGAGCUUCAUAUUGCUAAGCAACAGGUUUUAAUUUUUACCAACUGCUUAAGAAACUGACACUGUUAAGUUUGAAAGGGGGGUCUUCCUUUCCAUGAGGAAUGCAGAGUAAACUUUCAAAUAGGUGGCUCAGUCAGCCCUUUUUAGAGCCAGUUUUAAGAUCACAGCAUAGAGAUGCCUCUCGUAGCUCAAGUGUUGAUUUUUUUCAGCUAUCAGAGCAGAACUGAGGUUGUGUAUAUAUUCAUUAAAUAGUAACUGAUGCACUUUUUUCUUGUACAAAAAACACAUAUGGAGUGUAUAUAAAAAAGCCUUUUUAUGGACACUUGGUUUGUCUACCUAUUCUGUGUACAGAGGGACUGUAUUAUGUAAUGGCUUGUAGAAAGCUAAUUUGUGGUGCAAUACAUUUUUGAUUAAAACUAGA